AUGAUCCCUCGCCAUGUCGCAGCAGGGACCUCACGAGUCCUGCGCCGGCGAGCGUACACGGCAUUGCCAGCCGCGUCGGAAACUUCCACCAACCGCUGGUCCGAUCCAACACCAUCCACGUCCACCGCUACAAACUCCACGACCACCUCUGCCGAGCGCGUGCGAGUGAUCCGCGAGAUUGCCCACUCCCCAUUGCCGGACAAGGCCCUUCGCGAUCGUGCAUGGAAGAUCUAUCAAGACCUCACAGUACCCGAACGCAAGGAGCUCUCGACCGAAGAUCUCCGGGGACUCCUCCGCUCGCUCGUUCCCCAGUACGACGAGAAAUGGCGCCUUGUUACCGACGUUACUCCUCGCGAGCGCUACCAGCAUAAGCGCGUGGUGGAGACGUCGUGGAAGCGUCGUAUGGACGCCGUGUUAGCGGAACUGACGCAUCGUAACGCCGCCGAUAUCUACGACUGGACCUUUGUCCUGCAAUACUUCUCGACAGUCGGCGCAGUUCAGGCAACCGAGCGACUCGUUGCCGACCUCCCGCCUGCGCUCCGCACCAACGUCAAGGUCACACAGUGGCGUAUCGGCGCCAUUGUUCAAAGGACGCGCGACAUGGCCGUGCACUACACCCAUGCCUCGACCGGCGACCUCGAUGCCGCCCACUCUGCAUUUUGGGACAUUUGUCGAGCCAUGCAAGACGCUGAAUUCAAGUUCGACCGCUUUACGCUCCGCCUUCUUUUAGAGGCUUCCAGUCAGCUCGCCGGCCUCGUCCAGAAUGUAAACCCGAGCGCGUUUGAGGCUCUUGACAACUUUAUUCGUUUCCUCCUCAAGGACGCCUGGUCCAUUGACCUCGCCAACCUGCCCCUGUCCGUACAGCAGCGCGAACACGCAGGGGUGGAAACCACGUUUCGCCGUCUUUCCGCCAAGGGAUUGGUUGCUGUCAUGUCCCACAUUACUCGUUGCGAAAAGAACCCGUUCCGUGUCAUUGCGGCAUUCGACCUUUUGACCACCAUGAAGGGGCGGGUGGACCCAGACUACUUCGUCAACGAUGAGGAGGAGAUGGAGGGGUAUGACGACGAGGACGCCGGUCCCGCACUGUCCGCGGCAAUGGCUCAACAGGACACUGCAGGCCGCGGCUGGUUUGGGUUGAAGAAGAACGAGUUUGAUAAAGUGGAAGUCGAGUCUGAAGAAGCACCAGACCAAGUGGUCGACACACAACCGGGGAGUCGAUUCCGCCGCGACUUUCUCACACCAGCACCACUUCCUAGUUCGAUCGUUGCGGACCCUACACAACGCAUGCCAUACUCGCCACCUUACGAAACACACGUUAUCCUUGACAUGCUCCUGGCGUUCCGAAAGAACAGCCCUGCGUUCAACCAUGUCUUCGAGUCAACAAUGAACGACGUCAUGUCACAGCGUGCUGCUUGGUACUCGGUGUAUCUCGCAUGUCAACCAGAGCUGCGACACAAGCUCAAGGCGCCGACCCGCUUGCACCCCGAGUGGUGCCGCCUCAUCUUCGCGCGGCAAAACACCCUCAGCGGCCAAGGUGUCACGCUCACCCUGCCAAUCGUCGAGUCUGCCCUCGCGUCCAUUGAGGCUGAGAUCGAGGUCAUUGUCGCUCAUGAGACUGAACUUGGACGACAGUCCGCCACGGCUCCACCCAUCACCCGGAACGCAAAAGGCCGCUUUGUGCUUCCCUUGCCCGACUUUGCAUCCUCACCAGCGGCGAGGCGUGACCUUCAUCGCGCAGGUAUCUUCAUCCCAUCGGAAGCGCUGCAACUACUCUACGAUGACCGCGACAAGCUCAACACUAUUCUUAAACAAGGCCGCAAGAUGGCCAGGCGGAGGUGGGAGCAGCUCGCCCAGAGAGCCAGUGAGCUAGAGGCAGUGGCAUCGGCGGCGGAACGAGAGGAUAUGGACAGCUCUUAG